GGACAGCGUAGUCGACAUAUAAUAUACUGUGUAAUACUAGUGCGUGAGGUUUAGCUGUGAAAGAAGAGGAUAUUACCUUAAAUUCUCAGCAACAUGUUUGCAUUAUUGUGUCGGAGGUUCGGCGCCAUAUCUCGAAACUCAUCUAGGGUUCUACCAGCAGCUGUCAGAUAUCAGUACAGUACCGAGCAAACGGAAGCGUCCUUCUCAGUUUUGGACUACAAACUUCACAAGCUUGAGUUUGGUCCCUCGGCCAAUGUUACUGUCACCAGGGAUGAAGCCCUUCAGUUAUACCGAAAGAUGCAGGUUAUCAGACGGUUAGAGACAGCAGCAGGAAACCUGUACAAGUCCAAGGCAAUCCGAGGCUUCUGUCAUCUCUACUCUGGCCAGGAAGCCUGUGCUGUCGGCAUCGUGGCAGCUAUGAAGAAAGACGAUGCAGUGAUUACAGCAUACAGAGCCCAUGGCUGGACCUAUCUCAUGGGAGUCCCGGUGACCGGAAUACUCACUGAAUUAACAGGUCGUCGGACUGGAUGUGCCAAGGGAAAAGGAGGGUCUAUGCACAUGUACACCAAGAACUUCUACGGAGGAAAUGGCAUCGUGGGAGCACAGGUUCCACUUGGAGCAGGCAUAGCCACUGCCCUCAAGUACAACGGCUCGGAAAGCAUUUGCGUCACGCUGUACGGUGACGGCGCUGCCAACCAGGGCCAGAUCUUUGAAGCCUACAACAUUGCCAAACUCUGGGAUCUGCCGUGCAUAUUCAUCUGCGAGAAUAACAAGUACGGCAUGGGCACAGCGGUGGAGAGAGCGGCCGCUUCGACGGACUACUACACACGAGGGGAUUACGUGCCAGGAAUCUGGGUUGAUGGAAUGGAUGUCCUUGCUGUCAGAGAGGCAACACAGUUUGCUGCCGACUACUGCAGAUCAGGCAAGGGACCACUUGUCAUGGAGGUUGAGACCUAUCGCUACAGCGGUCACAGCAUGAGCGAUCCGGGUACCAGCUAUCGUACCAGGGAUGAGGUACAGGAGAUCAGGCAACAACGAGACCCCAUCACCAACUUCAAGGAUCGGAUUACGACUAGCGGGCUGGCCACUGCCCAGGAACUCAAGGAAAUUGACGUUGGGGUGAGAGCAGAGAUCGACGCGGCGGUGGAACAUGCAAAGAAUGACGCAGAGCUGCCGGUGGCAGAAACCUUCACUGACAUCUACAGCAACACGCCUCCCUUCAUGGUCCGAGGCUGCGAUCCGUUCUCAUUUCACCCGUCGCACACGCAUUAAUCUCAACUGACAUCUACAGCAACACACCUCCCUUCAUGGUCCGAGGCUGCAAUCCGUUCUCGUUUCACCCGUUGCACACGCAUUAAUUUCAAGAUGCUGAAUAAAUUAAGACACUUUGAACUUGGAUUCACAGACCACUAGAGUCAAUCAAUUAUUUGUAAAAUGAUAUUCACGUGUGACUGUGUAAAGUCUAGGACAGGCAUUCAAGAAGUACACAAACCGAUGUUACUCCUGAAAUACUGUGGUAUGCCCAGUGGGUGUGUGGGGUAGUGGUUGUGAAAGUAAUGGCAGAAUGGGGUAUAUUGUGUAUUCCCACGCAUAUACGGGAAUGUGUGCAGUGGGUCCAGAAAAUAAGUGUGAAACAAACCAGCAACACAUGCCAUGUGUUGUGCAUGUGUUACCGUAGCAAAACAUGGAUGCCAUUUUGAGUUGUGUCCAUACACGUGGUGGGUUCUGUGGUGGUACGUACAUGUGUGUUUUUCUACAGAAAUAUCGGUUGAUUACACGUGAUCAUACAUGACACUCGAUAAAUUUCUAACUAAAUUCAGUGACUUCAGUCUUUCAGGAUUUUCCGGGAAUAAGAUGACAACAGUCCAUUUUGCAGAAAAAAGUUGUUUGGUACUGUGACUGCAAGACUGAUAGUCACUAUGUGUAUUAUGGGCUGACAGGGACAUCGCUUGUGAAUUUAUUAUUCCGUCAUCACAUCACAAGCAGCCUCUCAAAAAUAAACCCUUGCACGAUCUUGGUUUUCAUGACUUUUCAAUGACCAUUUUCCCCUGGCCAUCAGAUUCCCUACUUUUUUUCCCAUAUGCAGCAAGGUAUGAGACAGAGAGAAC